AUGGUGCUUUCAUCUCUUUCACCCUUGCUAUUAUUAUCAGCAGUCUUGUUUUCUCUAUUGCAGACACCUACCCUUUCCAUAGAAAAGCCAUAUAUAGUGUACUUGGGAGCACAUUCUCAUGGUCCAAACCCAUCUUCGGUUGAUCUCGGCUACGUCAGAAAUUUUCACUACGAUUUUCUGGGGUCAUUCUUGAGAAGCAAUAGAAGUGCCAAAGAUGUGAUUUUCUACUCCUAUACUAAACACAUUAAUGGUUUUGCUGCAAUUCUUGAAGAAGAAGAAGCUGCUCAGAUUGCUAAAGAUCCAAAUGUGAUAUCAGUUUUCCUAAACAAGGGAAAACAGCUGCAAACUACGCGGUCAUGGAAUUUUCUCGGACUAGAGAGAAAUGGACUAAUUCCUUCAGACUCCAUUUGGAAGAAAUCAAGAUUUGGUGAAGAUACAAUAAUUGCAAACAUUGAUACUGGUGUUUGGCCAGAAUCAAAAAGCUUUAGUGAUGAAGGAUUGGGACCUGUCCCUUCCAAGUGGCAUGGAACUUGUCAACGUGACACAAAGCAAGUUCAAUGCAACAGAAAGCUGAUUGGAACUAGGUACUUCAACAAUGGUCUUGCCAUGUAUGCCGGCCCUCUCAACUCGUCAUAUUCCACUGUCCGGGACCAUGAUGGUCAUGGAUCACAUACCUUAUCCACGGCUGCAGGUGGUUUUGUUCCAGGAGUUAGUGUUUUUGGCAAUGGCAAUGGAACCGCCAAGGGUGGCUCACCUCAAGCACGUGUUGCUGCAUAUAAGGUAUGCUGGCCAACAUUUGAAGGUGUUCAAUGCUCUGAGGCAGACAUCUUAGCUGCCUUUGAUGCUGCAAUAAGUGAUGGUGUCGAUGUAAUCUCCGUGUCUCUUGGUGGAGGAACAGAGGAGUAUUUCAACGAUGCUAUCUCAAUAGGGUCCUUCCAUGCAGUUAAAAAUGGCAUUGUUGUGGUAAGUGCAGCUGGAAACUCUGGACCAAAUCCGGGGACAGUAUUAAACUUGUCGCCAUGGUUAGUGACAGUCGGCGCUAGCACAGUUGAUCGAGAGUUCACAAGCUCUGUUUUCCUCGGAAACAAAAAGCAAUUCAAGGGAGCAAGCCUUUCAGCAAAAGACUUACCAUCUGAAAUGUUUUACCCGUUGAUCAGUGCUGCAGAUGCGAGAAAUGCUAAUGCAUCCACUAGAGAAGCUGAAGUUUGCAAUGUUGGUGCCCUUGAUCCUAGGAAAGUAAACGGAAAGAUUUUGGUUUGCCUUCGAGAAUACAACAAUAAUGAAAGAACCGAAAAAAGCCAGCAGGCUGAUAUUGCAGGUGCUUUAGGAAUGAUCUUGGUAAAUGAUGAGCAAAGUGGAAAUGAUGUUGUAGCCGAUCCUCAUGUGCUCCUUGUUUCGCAUCUCAACUAUAGCGAUGGCAAACAUGUCUUUGAUUACAUUAAAUCCACCAAGCUUCCUGUGGCUUACCUAACUCCAGUAAAGGCUGAAUUGGGAGUGAGGCCAGCUCCAACUGUAGCUCCAUUUUCAUCACGGGGGCCUAAUCUUCUGGAGCAGGCAAUCUUAAAGCCUGAUAUCAUUGCACCAGGGGUGAGUAUAAUCGCUGCUUAUACUGAAGCAACAGGGCCAACUUAUCAAUCAUCUGAUACUCGUCGCGUUUCUUUUAAUGUUCAAACCGGCACUUCAAUGGCGUGCCCUCAUGUAUCCGGAGUUGCAGGGCUUUUGAGAACACUGCAUCCAGAUUGGAGUCCAGCAGUUAUUAAAUCUGCAAUCAUGACAACUGCUACAACACAAGAUGACAGCAAUGAACAGAUGUUUGACUCGUCUGCUUAUCUUAAGGCAACACCAUUUGCUUAUGGUGCAGGACACAUUCAACCAAACAAGGCUAUGGACCCAGGACUAAUCUAUAACCUAACAACACUUGAUUACUUGGAUCUCUUAUGUGCUCGAGGAUACAACGAAACAAUGAUCAAAUCAUUUUCUGAUUCACCUUUUAAAUGUCCCAAGUCUUUCAGUUUAGGAGACUUCAACUAUCCAGCAAUUGUAGUUCCUAACCUCGGUGCAACAUUAGUAACCAUUACUAGAAGAAGAGUUACAAAUGUCGGAUCACCUGGCACGUACAAAGUGCGCGUCAAGGCACCACCAGAAGUAGAGGUUUUGGUUAAACCUAGAAGCUUGAAGUUUGAGAGUAUUGGCGAAGUGAAAAAGUUUGAAGUCAUAUUCAAAGCCAAGGUUAAGGGUAAGCCUCGAGGGUAUGCAUUUGGAGAGUUGAUGUGGUCAGAUGGCAAUCACCAUGUAAAGACUCCUCUUGCGGUGAAGCACGACUAG